CUCUCUCUCUCUCUCUCUCUCUCUCUCUCUGACACACGCGCACACUCGGUGAGACCGUCUGCCUGGGACCAGCACGCACGCACAUUCUCUCUCCGCUCUUGCCUCGCGCACCACUGCGGUAACAGCGGCGGGGACUGACACUGGCACUUGUUUCAACACAAGGCAUCACAGGUAUUGCCGGACCGUUUAUUACUUUCUCACUGGAAAAUAAGAGGACUUCACUUCACUGACGCCAUUCAAGGAGGAGAUAACAGCAUCUCCGAGAUACUUGCCUGCAGCUCAGUGAGAGAAGAACGGGAAAACUUGAAUUUUUUGCUUCGUGAUAUCACACAUUUAAUAACCUUGGAAGUGAGACCUGGUAUUUGAGAGAGGAUGGGACCUUUACUCUGUUCUAUCGUCCUCUGUCUGAGUGCCGCUGUCCCGCAGUUUGUGAAAGGGGAAGUGUGUGAACCCAGUCCGGGUGUGAACGGGGCUACCUGUCUGAAUUCUCACACUGACGAGUUCUUCUCAUCAGCAGAAGGUGAGGACCCAACUUCAGCAGGACCUUGCCACCCAAACCCAUGCCACAACAGAGGAAUAUGUGAAAUCAGUGAAACCUACAGGGGUGACACAUUCAUCGGUUACGUCUGCAAGUGUCAACCAGGCUUCAAUGGUAUCCACUGCCAGCACAAUGUUAAUGAAUGUGAAAGAGACCCGUGUAAGAAUGGAGGCAUCUGCACUGAUCGGGUUGCCAACUACUCCUGUGAAUGUCCUGGGGAGUACAUGGGAAGGAACUGCCAAUACAAGUGUUCGGGCCCACUCGGAAUGGAGGGAGGGAUCAUCUCCAACCAGCAGAUCACCGCCUCCUCCACUCACCGUGCUCUGUUUGGCCUGCAGAAGUGGUAUCCCUACUUUUCCCGGCUCAACAAGAAGGGUCUGGUCAAUGCCUGGACCGCUGCCGAGAACGACAGGUGGCCCUGGAUUCAGAUUAACCUACAGAGGAGAAUGCGGGUCACAGGUUUAAUUACCCAGGGUGCAAAGCGCAUCGGCAGCGCGGAGUACGUCAAGUCUUACAAAGUGGCCUCCAGCGAUGAUGGCAAGGCCUGGAGGACGUAUAAAGUCAAGGGCACGGAUGAGGACAUGAUUUUCCGUGGAAACGUGGAUAACAACGCACCCUCCGCCAACUCCUUCACCCCGCCCAUCGAGGGGCAAUACGUGCGCAUCUACCCCCAGGUCUGUAGACGACACUGCACCCUGCGCAUGGAGCUACUGGGCUGCGAACUCACAGGUUGCUCUGAGCCCAUGGGGAUGAAGUCGGGUCACGUCCAGGACUAUCAGAUCACGGCGUCCAGCAUCUUCCGAACGCUCAACAUGGACAUGUUCACCUGGGAGCCUGGCAAGGCUAGGCUGGACAAACAGGGCAAGGUGAACGCCUGGACAUCCGGACACAGCGACCAGUCUCAGUGGCUUCAGAUGGACAUGCUUAUUCCCACCAAGGUCACCGGCAUCAUCACCCAGGGAGCUAAAGACUUUGGACAUGUCCAGUUCGUUGGCUCCUACAAAGUGGCGUACAGCAACGACGGAGAAAGCUGGCUCGUAUAUCAAGAUGAAAAGCAAAGAAAGGACAAGGUCUUCCAAGGAAACUUUGACAAUGACACACACAGAAAGAACGUGAUAGACCCUCCCAUCUACGCCCGAUUCAUCCGGAUCCUUCCCUGGUCGUGGUACGGGAGGAUCACUAUGCGUGCAGAGUUACUUGGAUGCACAGAGGAAGAAUAAACACCUUCUGUCCUCAUAUCUCCCCUUCCCCUCCUUUCCCCUUUCCCCUUUGUAUACUGGCGUGUCCAUCCCAGAUCCAGUAUGUCAAUAGAAACUGUGCAACCUGUAAAAAGAAAUCAAUUUCCAAUGGAUUUUUCAAGAAAAAGCGUUUGGGUUUUGGUGGGUUGCAGUUAGUUUUUUUGUACAAUGAUUUAAACCUGCCCUUGUCCCAUUUCAGUCUUUUACUUUCUUCUUUUUUGUGGUCAAUGUCUUUAUAUUGCUCUCAAGAUUUUUCCAUCAUGUUUGGAAUUAACUUGUGCAAGAUAUAUGUGGGGAGGGGUGGGGGGUGUGAGAGAAGGGUGACCUCACUGUGGUUUAAACUAAUUACCAUGGAAGCUACUGUACAGUGUCACUUUUUAACAAAGACAUGAAACUUGUCCGAUAUGCAUCAUUAGACAUGAUUAACCCACUGAAACUCAUUGCAGAGAUAUCCAGCAAAUCGUUAAAAGAUCACAACUAAAUAUUGCAGUAUCAAAUAUAUUUUUACUUUUGAUUAAAGACACUUCUUCAAGACGUGCUAUGACCAUUACUGACAUUGACAUUAAACCAUGUAUCAAAACAAUAGCAAUGCUUUUUGUAUUAUAUGUAAAACUCAAAAUAACUGCAUGGUCCAUUAAUUAUGAUACUUAAUGUAUACUAUGACUAAUCAUUUAAUUAAAACUCCCUCCCUAAGAAUAAUAUCUUCAACCAGGGGAUCUAUUUUUACGUGUAUUUUUAAUGGUUCUGAUACACACUGCAAAGUCUUAUAGAGUGGCUAAUCUGCUGGAUGACAUGCAAUUGGUGUUGUCGGAAGUCAUACAACCGUAUUGACACUGAGGUUUGUGAGCUGUCUCUAGUUGAAGUUUCCUAAUGCUUUGUCAUUUCCCAUAUGUAAUUUAUUUGAGUGUAAUUAGUGUUUAAAGUUCUUGUUUGCAAAAUAUGUGCUUGGGAAUUAAAUCACACUUUUGUAAUUUUAUACUUUAUUUUUCAUUGGUUUGUCCGUUUCUAUAAUUGUCUUAUUUGUCAUUUAUUUUAUUUUAUUUGCUGUUGAGAUCGAAUUUCAAUUGAAAAGCUCAGGACAGAUGUCAUCCUCGCAUAACCUAUUAUAAUUUGUAUGUUUGAGUCACACGCUCUUAUGAACAUAUCUAAAAUAGAUGUAGUCUUUCUUAUAGGCAAAACUUUGCAAUUAAAGAUUAAACAAACAAUCAUGUUGCACAGAGACAUCAAGGCUUUCUAUUUUCUUUAACAACAUAUAUAUUAUGACGGUAUAGUUUAUAUUCAUGCGUUUUCAAAAAAUAAAAAAAGGCAUACAUAGAGAAUAGAGUUUUUAAUUGUAUAAAUAUCUUGUUUUUAUUUUAAGUAAUAAUACCAUUGGUAUAUCACUGUAUUUCACUUUUGAAUUUAAAAGUUAGAAAUGGCAUACAUAAAGUGAGUUGUUUUGUUUGAUAAACUAAAUAAAAUUAAUGAAUAUAAGGGUCAAAACAGUCAGUGAAUUGCCAUUGUACAAAUUUUUACUAAAUAUUUGGGAAUACAGCCACUUGACUGUAAAAAUUGUGUGCAAUGCCUAUUAGAAAUCCCCCAGAUAUGUAUACACAGUGCAGUUUGAGACUUUCUCUUCCAAACAUACCCCAAAUCAUGUUGAUAAUCCCAAACCCUAUUCACCCUGAUGUAAAGGUUUUGUGACUACAUCUAUGGACAUGUGAAGUGGUUAUUGGUGUUAAUCAGAGUCUGUCAAUUUGUAGAUACAUCGACACAGCUAAGCAUCAUGUAACUAACAUGUUUUCUAUUGGACGUACUUGGCCAGGCAUCAUGUUAUUUUUUAUAUAUAUAAAUAUAAUGGCUUUUGUCAAGCUGUUUACAAGAAACUCUUGUACGGCAUUUCUUUUGUCUGAGGCUCUCAGCUUGAUUGAUCUCAGUAGACUGCUGCCUGUGUGCACUUUUCACAGAAUAGGAUUUACACAGACCAUUGGAGUUGUCUGCAUGACAUAUGACAUACGAGAAAGGAUGCAGUAUCAAAAAUGUCCACAGGCACAUUUGAUGAAAAAAAAUAUAUAUAUAUUGGAACGGGUGUAGAAUACUUUAUACACAUCGUGUGGUGUGCAUCGAAAACAUUCUUUUUCAAGUUAAGGGGAAGCAAAAGAUCCGAUUCAUCCUCAGUUUUGUACCUCUAUGUGUAUUUCCACGUUAUUGUUUUAUCUCCUCCGUCUGAGUAUCAAGUGCUAUCUAGCAAACGUACCAAUUAUAUCCUGGCAAACCCGCAGAGGAGAGAGUGAAAAAUCUAUGACCAUGUACAGUAUAAAAAAUGUUGCUUCAAGCGAGAACUCCUUCAGUUUGACCAAUAAAAGAUGUCUGUGAAUCCA